AUGGAAAUACCAAUGGAUUUGACACCAAUUCUUGGCUCUAAACUUGUACGUUUGGAUCCAAUGACGAUACAUCAACUGCAGGGUAGUAAGAUCUGUGAAGCAAUUGAUCAGUUUGCUCAACUAUCCGCCGGUGCAAUGCAACUUCGUCAACCGUUGACAACCUGCGAUAAGCUAACCAAUUCCGAUCAUACACUUUACUUACUCUGGGAUACUGUCGAGUUGAAAGGUAUAAAAUGGAUAUAA